AUGAGGUUCCUCUUCGUGCUCUCGCUCUCCGGCCUCGCUACCGCCAGCGCCGCCCGGGAUAGAUUCGCUGCUCUGCCAAUUAUACCAGAAGGGUUGACGCCGCGAUAUGUUUUCGAUAGGUCACAACCGCUCUUGAAGCGCGAUGGAAUCUGCGGUGACAACCACCACAGCUGCCUCGAUAUCGGCCACGGUGAUGCCUGCUGCGAUAAUGACAGCUACUGCUUUUUAAACACAUCUUUCGAGCCAAAAUGCUGCGAAAUCGGCCAGACUUGCGCUCCCAACAACCCUUGUCCUGCCUCUGCCGUACGCUGCACCGUCACAACCACCCUCACAUUAACCCACACUUCUUCGCCCACACAAACUCGCGCAAAGGAAACCACUAUAACGAGCAAAUCCACGUCCGUCAUUACAGGAUGCUGUGGGCGCUCCUGUCCUAGGACGAGCCAGUACCUUUGCGCCAAGACACUUGGCGGCGAGUGCUGCCCAUUCGAUACCAACUGCGAGGCGGACGGGAACUGCGUCUUCACAAAGACAAAGCCUCCGCCGGGCCUGACUCCUGCUGCAACCGGCAGCUGCACUACAAGCCAGUUUAGAUGCUCCGACGGCAACGGGUGCUGCAACAACGGAGCGACGUGCACUUCGUUCAGCGGGUCGGCGUACUGCUCCACCGCUACCGGCGGUCCUACAAGCACCCUCGUCGCGCCCAGUGACGGUGGCUCAUCUUCUUCUGGAGGGCUCUCUGCCGGAGCCGAAGCGGGUAUUGCUGUCGGAAGCGUGGUUGGAGGUGGCCUUAUUGUCGCGGCAGCCGUGUGGUAUUUGUUCAGAAGACGGAGAGCGGCGGCGGCGGCGAAUCACGUAUACAAUCCGGCUGAUCCACAGCCCAGAGAUGUCAAUGGAGAUGCAGCAGCUCCAAGUGGCCCUACCAUGAGUACCGCGCCGGCGACGCCUCGAACCUGGCGGCAGCGCUGGACAAUGGCAUCGUCGCUUACCCCCUCGGGGGCUGUAACUGACGCCGGGACAAUAAGGUCUCCGUCGUCGGCCCCAGACCCCGUCGAGAUUGGGUCGGAAGCGCUGUCAGAAGUGGCCGGCUCGGAGGUUAUGACGCCCAAAUCUGAAAUCACCGGUUUUGCCUUGACAGGACUUCGAACACCGGAGACAAUAGAUGGUCGAUUUGAAUUGGGUGGAACGGAAAUGGCCUGGCCGCAACCCUCGCCAGCUAGUCCCGAACCCAGUCCCCAACCGGAGGAGCAGAAACGAGAUUCAAAGUCAAAUUCAUCACGAUAA